CGGCCAUCCAUAGCCUCUGUGUUCUCGCAACUACCUCUAUACCCUCUGUUACUAGACGCUCGCCAUAGUCACAGUAAAUGGAAGGGUAUGUGAGUGGUUUGGCGGCGGAUUUGCUGGAACGUACGCACCGGUACUUGGCAGCGGCCAAUCUGGGCAGUUUUAUACUCCCCCUUCCCUUUUCAGACGAGAAUGUCCUGGAUACCAAGGGGCUCAUUGUCAAGGUACUCUCAAACGUCUCGUCAGUGACCAAGGAUAAGCUCCAGAGCAUCGUCGUCGAACUCAGUGGAAGGAGGAAGAAGGACCACUCGUCGUUCUCCAAGGCAUACGAUUCCACGUUUGAGAGAGUAAGCAAGAGAGACGUAAGGAGAACCAGCGCUGCAAUCGGGAAUUUAAAGGCAAAUUUGAGGAACUUUGGACGAACGGGAACCGGUUCAGGGAUGGCCAAUGGAAACUCCAUGAAUGAACUUCAAGGGAUACACAGCGCAGAAGAAGUUGCCGGGAAGCUAAUCGAGACGAUCCAAGGUUUGACGGACGCGACAAUUGUCGGUUUUAUCCUAAUAAUUGGGGCAAAGAAGCAAAACGCUGGCGAUACGGAUGUGCCCCUGAUACCAAUGGCUGGUGGUAUCGUGGAGUUAUUGGAUCCGGAGGAACACUGCAUAAGGGCAGUUUGGUGUGAUCCAAGUCUGCCUUCUCAUGUUGAGGCUGAUUUUGUAAAAAUACUAAUUUUGCGCAUAAUAGGACAUGCAUUCGACUAUGGAUAUCCUGGUUCGAGUACACCUCAAAAAUUUAAACAUGUUUCAAUUUCAAAUACGCUUGGGAUUAUGUUCCCAAAAUCAUGUUAUAGUUUUUUAAUAAAUGGACUCAAAUUUGGAAAACAUUUUGAAACGGGAGCUAGCGGAGGGUCACACGAGGACUCCGUCUCAAACCCAUGCAGGUGUUUCAAGUUGGCGAACUUGUGCGAUUCGCAGCUAUUUUGGGGAAUUUCAGAGUCUAGGCUACGAAAUACGUUUAAUAAUGUAAAGUCACAGGUGCCAACUAUGCCGUCGCAGGAAACAUUAAAGGCCAUACAGUGCCUCUCUGCAUGAUUUUUUCUUGUUACAUCCUACAAGAUGAAAUACCAUCUAGGUUAAGAAUUUUAAUGAAUUUGAUGAUGUAUGGUAAGGAAUUUAUACGGUUGUG